AGAUUAAUUCAGACUUAUUUACACUUCGACAAACAAAAACGAAACAUAGUAAAAGACAAAAAAAACACACACACAAAGAAUAAACCACACAUUUUGGCAAGCCAGUAAACACAACAACCAACCAAUCUUCAAAUGUCUUCAAACUUAACACCAGAUCAGAUCGAAGAGAUUCGCGAGGCCUUCCAGGUGUUUGAUCGCGAGAACAAAGGAUGCAUCACCUGCAAGGAGCUGGGCACUGUGAUGCGUUCGCUGGGCCAGAAUCCCACCGAAGCGGAGCUCUACGACUUGAUUGACGAGAUUGAUCUGGAUGGGGAUGGCACGAUUGACUUCUCCGAGUUUUUGCAUAUGAUGUCGCAUCGAAUGCAGGAUAUCGGCAGUGAGGAGUCCCUGCUGCAGGGCUUCAAAAUCUUCGAUCGUGACGGCAAUGGCUAUAUAUCCACACUCGAACUGAAGACCACAAUGAUGAUGCUGGGCGAGAAGGUGACGGACGAGGAGGUGCGCGAAAUUAUGGCCGAAAUCGAUCAGGAUCGCGAUGGCAGGAUCAGCUACGCUGAGUAUCUCAGUGCCAUGCGGAGCUAAGCAGGAAAAUAACCCAGAACAUAACCCCAAAUACUCUACAAAAUUCAAAGCAACAAAUACAAUCACAUGAAGGGAAGUAUCAACCCCAUUCCGAGGAAA